AUGUUGCCAAUCGAAUAUAUUGUUGAUUCAAGUUCAUCAGGGACAAAUUUUGAUUUUGAUGUUUUUGAUGAACAAUGGUUAAAGUCGAAUGAAACCAAUCGAUUUCUUUGGAUCAGUCGAGCGAAUUUGAAUAUAAUUCGUCAUCGAUAUGCAACAGAUUUGACCGAUCUUGAACGAGUUAAAAUUCGAUGUGACAUCAAUGAUCUUCGCGAAGAAACAAUUCGAGUUGAUGUUGAAAAAGGACUUGUAACCAUCAAAGCAUUGCAACGAAAAUUUGAUAACAAUAUUUUUGAAAAACGCAUUGAAUUGAGUAGUGAUGUUGAUAUACAAACGAUGAUCUCGUUUAUUGAUCCACAAAAACACGAGCUCAUCAUUGCAAUGAUCGUUGCCAAUGUUCAGCAUCGACGUGAUUCGUUCAGCAUGAUCAAUGUUUCACCACAUCGACGUUGUUCACUACAAAAAUCAUUUUCGAGUGAUGCACAAGGAUUAUCAAUAUCAGGUAAAUAA